UGCUUUUAUUGGAUCUGCCGCUGUCAAGCAGUGCUGAAGAAUUGGAAGGGCAAACGCUGGAAAGGCAGAGAAAGACUAACAGAAAACAGCAUUAUGUGGCUAAUUUUUUGCUUUCACAUUUAUAAAUAACAAUCAAAAGCCUUCCUUUUUACGACCUGAAACUUAAGGACGCAGAACAAUUUGCUUUUGUACGCGUGAAUUAAUCAGAGGUGGCACCACAGAUAAUGUGACAGCCUUUACAUUAAAAAGAGGAAAAAAAAAUCGUGGGCCUUUGAUACUCAGUUGCCCAUUUUAAAUGCUUUUCUAAUGUCACGUUUUGUAUCAAAACUAAUAAUGGGAGCCUGAUUGGAAGUCUUACAAAAAGGAUCCCAAUUUUUCUAAUUGGUAUUUUCGGGCAGUUAACUGGAAUGUUUGGUUGGACUAAAACGCAUUUUGUUGUAUGGGAGGGAGUCUUCAAAUCACAGCGGCUGCCAAGUGGAAUACUAUGUUUUGUGAAUCGUUUAGCCUGUUGAUGAUGAAUGGCACUGAAGUGGACCAAACUGUUGUAAGAACAGGUUUGUGCCCCGUGUCUUAAUUUCAAAUGGGUACCCAGAUUGUUAAGAGAGAAGAAAACAUCCAGGAAAAGCGGAUUUAAUUUAUUUUGGGUGGGGAAGAAGAGAAUAGCAACAGGCUCGGACAGAUGAUGGAUAAGACAUUUGCCUGAAUCGAAGCGGACCGAUUUAUUUUCGGAUAGGUGAAAAAGUUUUAAAAAGGAGUAAGUUAUGGUUUGGUACGAGAACUAAAAGGAGAGCGAGAGGAAGAAUAAACUGCGUAUGGAAUUGAAUAUCCGUUCAAGAAGCAUUUCGGAAUUCAUGUAUUUGUUGGAGAUACGCGCGUUUGUAAAAAUUAUAGAUAAUUUACUUCAUGUAAAAAGGCAGAAAGGAAAUCUAUUUCCUGGUUGGGGGGUGGGGGGGAAGGAAGAUAUAUUAUUCAUGGUCUCAGUGAGGGAAACGGGUGAGAGCGUUUUACUUUAGGGUUAAAAGAAAAGGAAUAAGAAGAUAUCCAUGUACUGUAGCUAUAGCCAAGGUAAAACGGGAUAGCUGGGCAGAAAGAAGCACUUGAGAAAAAAUAAAUUGGCAAAAGUGGCGUUGAAGCAUGGGCUGUGCCUCCAGCAUUCAUAUCUCGGAUAGGGUGGUCUAUCACAGUGGAAAAGAGUCCGAGGAUUCUCACUCGCCCCAACAGACCAAUACCACACAGCAGUCUCAGCAGCAAGGAAAUCCAGCCCCGGGAUUACCCAUUAAACCCUCAAGUUACAAGUCCACGUUUACAGAGGUGCAGUUUGGGCCAAUGAAGCUCUACGAAGAUCAGCUUCAGGUACUGUUAGUAUUUGCCAAAGAAGAUGGCCAGAGCAAUGGCUUCAGCUGGGCCUGUGAAAAAGCCAACUUCAGGUGUAAUGUUGCCAGAACUCCUGAAUCCGCGCUGGAGUGUUUCCUGGAAAAGCAUCACGACAUCAUCAUCAUCGAUCAUAGGCAUUCCAGAUACUUUGAUGCAGAAGCAUUAUGCCGGUCAAUUAGAGCAGCGAGCUCCUCGGAAAACACUGUGAUUGUCGCCGUGGUGAAAAGGCCAGACCGCGAGGAGGGGUCAGUGAUGCCUCUGAUCUCCGCUGGAUUCAACCGGAGAUAUUUGGAAAAUGCCAACAUGAUGGCCUGCUACAAUGAGCUUCUUCAACUGGAGCACGGAGAAGUGCGGACGCAGUUCAAACUGAGAGCAUGCAAUGCUGUUUUUACUGCACUGGAACAAAGUCAAGAGGCUAUUGAGAUCACAAGUGAAGAUCAAGUGAUCCAGUACGUGAACCCUGCUUACGAGUCCUCUAUGGGAUACCAACGAGGCGAGCUGGUUGGGAAGGAGAUCAUCGAAGUGCCUACGAGCGAGAGGAAUAAGCCUGACCUUCUCGACACCAUAAACUCCUGCAUACGGAAAGGAAAGGAAUGGCAGGGGGUUUAUUAUGCCAAAAAGAAGAAUGGAGAUAGUGUCCAGCAAAAUGUGAAGAUCACACCUGUGCCUGGACAGGGAGGAAAAAUCAGACACUAUGUGUCUAUUAACAGGCCUUUAAAUGAUAAUAAUAAGUCUGACAAGUGCAGUGAUCGUGUACAAGCAGAGUCUCAGACAGACAUGCAGUCCUGCAAACACAAAGACCGGAGGAAAGGUUCUCUGGACGUCAGAUCAACCACAUCCCGGGGGAGCGAUGGAAGUUCCCAGAGGAGGCACUCUUCCAUGGCCAGGAUCCACUCCAUGACCAUUGAAGCUCCCAUAACCAAGGUGAUAAACAUCAUCAACGCGGCUCAGGAGAGCAGCCCGAUGCCUGUGGCCGAGGCCCUGGACCGGGUGCUGGAGAUCCUGCGCACCACCGAGCUCUACUCCCCCCAGCUCGGCACCAAGGAGGAGGACCCCCACACCAACGACCUGGUUGGGGGGCUGAUGACGGAUGGUUUGCGGAGGCUAUCAGGGAACGAAUACAUCUUUGCAACAAAACAGCUUCACCAUAUUCCCAGCCAUCUGAUCACACCGCUCUCGCUCAACGACAUCCCCCCAAGGGUGGCUCAGACCAUGGAGAAUGAGGACUCCUGGGACUUCGACAUCUUCAACCUGGAGGCUGCGACUAUGAAGCGGCCCCUGGUAUAUUUGGGACUGACGGUCUUCUCCCGCUUCGGGGUGUGCGAGUUCCUCAACUGUUCUGAAGCUGUGCUACGGUCGUGGCUGCAGGUGAUCGAGGCCAAUUACCACGCGAGCAACUCGUACCACAACUCCAGCCACGCCGCUGACGUGCUGCAUGCCACUGCCUACUUCCUGUGCAAGGAGAGGGUGAAGCAAAGCCUGGACCCCAUCGACGAGGUGGCGGCCCUGAUCGCCGCCACGGUACACGACGUGGACCACCCGGGCCGCACCAACUCUUUCCUGUGCAACGCGGGCAGCGAGCUGGCCAUCCUGUACAACGACACGGCCGUGCUGGAGAGCCACCACGCCGCCCUGGCCUUCCAGCUCUCCACCCGCGACGACAAGUGCAACAUCUUCAAGAACAUGGAGAGGAAUGAAUACCGCACCCUCCGCCAAGCGAUCAUUGACAUGGUCCUGGCCACUGAGAUGACCAAGCAUUUUGAGCAUGUCAACAAGUUUGUAAACAGCAUCAACAAGCCCUUGGCCGCACUGGAGGAGAAUGGGGGCAAUGGAGACGAGGAAGCUGCCAAAAGCAUUCUGACGCUGCCGGAGAAUCGGAUUCUAGUGAAGCGCAUGCUGAUCAAGUGUGCGGACAUCUCCAACCCCUGCAGACCGCUGGAGCUCUGUAUUGAGUGGGCCGGGCGCAUUUCAGAAGAAUAUUUUGCACAGACUGAUGAAGAGAAGAGACAAAGCCUGCCUGUGGUGAUGCCUGUCUUUGACAGGAACACCUGUAGCAUUCCCAAAUCCCAGAUUUCCUUCAUUGACUAUUUCAUUACGGAUAUGUUUGAUGCCUGGGAUGCAUUUGCAGAUCUGCCAAACCUCAUGCAGCACCUGGACAACAACUUUAAGUAUUGGAAAGGCCUGGAUGAGCGCAAGUUGCACAGCUUGCGGCCUCCCCCGGAGUAGUGGCCCCCGCUCCGCGGGGGGGUCCUCCCCCGCCCCAGUAGCGCUGCACUCACGCACAGUGGCCUUUCUCCACCUCGCGCCGGAGCGUCUCCUCGUCACGGCCGUCCGUCCGCCCGUCGGCACGGCGGCAGCCCUCCCCUGCGGACUCCACCCUCUCCGAUGACGUCACGCAGCGCCUAUCGCGAGAGAGGCAGGCCACCGUGACCGCGCAAGACACCGGCUUCACAAAUGAACAAAACGAAAAACUGACUAGCGUUCGGCUAAAGGACUUACUGUUUUCUGGGACGGUGUGACAAGCUAGCGACGCACAGCACACGGUCCAGACUAUUACUUGAUGGUGCGUUUAGGGAAACGGGCUCUACCCCCUGCUGUGGAAGCAGACUGUGCCGUCUUUAGUUGACUGCUGGGCUACGGCAAAGCACGGGAGAAGAAGAAAUACAUGGUUUCCAGGCUUGGUUUCGUCUGUGACAUCAUCCUGCUGAGAGUGGACGUGUGGAGAUGUCACCUGAGGCCACAAGGCCUCACGCGACAGGAUUAUAUUCUCACUCCUCCAAAAAAUGAAGAAAAAGAACUGAACUACACUCCACCGUCCCUUAUUGUUGACUGUUUUUGUUUGGUUUGUUUCUUUUUCCUCAGAAAUAGGUCUGCCAAUCCUUUGAGGAGGAUUUGUAGCAACACAAGGCAGCCCUAAGAACAGAGCUUGUGAUAUCAUGAUGGGUGUCAAGGGUGUGGAUGCUAAUUUUGGCCACAGUUGGACAGAUUCAAAACUGUACCCAUCUUAAUCAUAGGUAUUUACAGAUACACGUUUUGAUAUUUAUUUUGUUUUAGAUGUUCAGUAUUUUCUAUAAAUUCACAAAUGAUAAGUAAAUAAAUUAGUGAAUUAAAAGACGCAUAAUACAAAAAAGCCAAAGCUGAUCUAACAGAAAAUUGCAUGGGUCAUAUCCUUAAAAACACAUUUCAUUCAUGUGUAGAGGUUUUCAUUUUCAUAAUACAAAGACCAAUUCAAUUGACACCUUUACAUUGCACUGCAAACAACAAUUGAAGUGUGUGAUUUAAUCAUUUAUUGAAGACUGGGAUGCUGAAUUUGUGAAUAAGCAGUUUUGUUGUUGAUCACUUCCACGUGAGAGGGUGUCAGUUGAAAAGGCUGUACUAGACCUGUAAUUAUUGGGUAUUGCUGUAAACCAGACAGCUUUCAAUAACCGACUACAUCUGUGAAAGUGUUUUGGACUUGAAAGAUUUCUCUCCCAGAAGUUUUUAUAACUGGUUUAUUCUACUGAAAGACUGCCUUAUUUUAUACAAUAUUUAUACAAUACAUCCCACUGCGUAUGUGCAAAGGUUUUGAUAAUUUAGUCAAAAAGUAAUAUUCAGACAAAUCAAUAUUUUUAUAGACUCAUGUAUUUUACACUGGAAUGACAAAAAAGAACAAAGUUUGAAAAAGAAAGAAUUUUGUGAAAAUGUUUGAAAAAAACUAUUGGAUGGAGAUUCACUAUAAAUAUUUUUUAAAAAGAUAAUGGAUUUUCAGGGGGAGCAUAAUCCAGAAAUGUCUAUCACUGUGUAAUGCCAGUCUUCUAGCAUACAGCUUGCUCUGAUUUUGACAAGCGCCAUAUUAUGUUGCCAAUUUGUUCCAGAACCAUGUACACAGAAAACCCAGGGAAAAUGUUUCAUCCACCACUGGUUUCUGAUUAGGAUACUAAUGCGUGAAAGAAUGUUCCUUGUUAAAAUAAUUUCCUACUUUUAUUUAAACCGCAUAUAAACAUGCCAUAAUGCAUAAGCCCAUGCGAGUCAAUAUGAUAUAUUGACCAAAAGCUUUUUUUUUUUCUUUUAGUCAGAACUGUACACUCAAUCAGGGGUUUUGUUUGUUCGUUCUGAUUCACUGCUACAUCUGGGCUGAGAGCACCGAAGAGAACUAGAAAUUAUUCUAUGGAGAAAUAAAAUAAUGAUAAUGAUUAUGAUUAUAUUGCAGCAUGUUUCUAUAAUGAUGCUAUUACUUGCCAGCACAAUUCAGACAGUUUGUGUGAGGAAAGGCUUGCAGAAUAAGUUUCAUAGGUUUCAUAGUCAGCUGUGUAGAAUGUACUACAAUCAUAUAAAAGCCCCCUGGGGUUGUUCUCAUUUUAAUAUAAAUCCAAUAUGAAUGUGAACUUAAUUUUCUCAGAACAAGGAAUAUGAUGAUUUCAAAAUUAACACCAGGAAAAACAUUCUGAACAUAAUAUACACAGACCAGAACAGUGGCCAUUACGAGACAGAUUUAUAAACAUUAAACAUGUCCAAUCAAGCACUUUCCCAGGGUUUUAUUUUCACAUAAAAAUGACCCAAGAGGCUUCUUGUGAACAAGAUGUUCAUGCAGUUUUUCAGAGAUUUUUGAGAAGUCUUGAUAUAUGGUGAAAAUCUUGUUGCACUGUUGCAUACCAAAAUAGCUGAGGCAAAAAACAAGCAUUUUUAGCCAUGAGCUGACUGUUCUGGCCGUCGCUAUCAUUGCCAUAACCUUACACAGCCCCUCAUUGGCUCUGUGAUGAAUGCGAGGUAGGGAAGCCCUAGGACAGAUAAAUCUGACUGACUGCUGGAAUGUCUUCUCACAGGUUUGUGAGAUGGUCACAAGCUAGGGGCCCAGGGGUGAGAGGGCACUAGCUCCCAUGGCUGGUGUGGCUGGCAACCCCUUGCCAGGGAGCAGAGCAUUGUCCUUAUGAGGUUAGAGCAAACCAGUUUCCUUGGUGAUUGGGCUCAUUCUUUGCCCAGGAAUGUUGUUGUGUCUGGCAUUUAAAAGACUGAGGGAGAAAAGUGGAAAGCUUGCUCUUGUUGAAGAAUAGGAAGCGGGGCAUUCCCAUUGAAGGAAUCCCUGCGUUGUGAUUGGGCAGCUGCUGCCAUGACAUCCGAUUGCACUAGAAUCAUCUCCUUUGACCUUCAAAGACCUUCCUGCCCACAUAUAAACAGACCCCAACAGAAGUAUUCCACUUAAA